CCGCCAGUGGUGAUCUGGACAGUGUCUCUGUCGGCGACAGUUGGCGUUCUUUGUGUCGGACGAAGCGGGAGAAACUACAAGCGAAACUUUCCAGCGGUGGCGGUUUCGAGACCCGUUUCCAACUAGCCGGCGGACUUCUGGACGGCAAGUGGAGACCUGUAAGGGGACACCGAGCCAACGGGAUCGACAACAAACAGGAACUGCAAAGGGCGGUACAGUUAUCAGGUUACCAGCGCAGCUUAGCUUGAUAUAGCUGAUUUAUUGGCGGAAGUCGAUUAGGCUCAUACCGUAAUUACAAAAAUCACGGCGCACGCCGGCAGAUGCUCCGAUCUUUACACGUCGUCGAAUUCCUGAAUAUAUCGUCGCGGGCUUCGUAAGACUCUCAACGGAUGGAAUAAGGCGUCGCGUUCGAAGCGAUUCGACCAUCUCGCCCUCGUGCACAUUUUGCCAACGAUUUUCGUACAGCCUAUAAUUCCGUAUCGGGCAUGCCGCGGGGAUUUGCACGGGGAUUCCGGAAUUAUCCCGGUGGCUGAGCGGGAUGAUCCUAAGUAAACACGCGUGCGGCCACACGUCCCCACCAUGCCGCGACGCAGUUUCUCCGUGCCCGCACAAUUCGUCGGGAGCAACCCCCAAACGAAUGGGGAGGGAAGCGACAAUGAUGAUGGCGGUGUUGUGAAUACAAGGGCAGCAGAUCGGUCCUUCGAUUCGCAGGCAGGAGAAUGGGAAUUCGUGUGUAAGAGUGGAAAAGACUCACCGACAAGUCCGUGGACGACGAAAGCAGAGCAGCGACGGUUGCAGCUUGCCAUUGGAAAUGAUCGAUGGGAGACGAUCGAUCGCGACGGCCCAUCGCGCUCGAGAUUUGCAAAAUUAUUGCAUUUAAGUCUGAUGUAACACAUAUAAAACUGUACAAUUAUUCUCUUACUAUCAAUGUCAGUUGUACUAUAUUUUUUGUCCCUUCUACACGAUACGCAGUGUAUGUCCAUAUAAUUUAAGUAAAAUUGAC